UUUCCUCAUGUCACCGCUCACUCCGCCCAGUUAAAGUGACUUCCGGGUACGGGACUAGCGGAUACCUACAAAUACCGACACAGCCGGGUGCCAGCUCACCUGCUGUGGUUAUCUGCAGUGACUCAGCUAUGGCGUCCUGUGACCUAAAUAGGUGUGGCAUUAUACUUGGCUGCUGAUUCUGGAGGGUGCAGGGUGCAGAAGGAGCAGAGCUGCCAAUAAAGAAUGUCUUCUCUGGGCUUUAUCCUGCUGCUGUGGCCCUUAAUGCUGGCCUUGGGGAGCAUGCCCAACAUUCCUGACAAAGUAAUCAAGCAGCAGGAAGCCCAGUUCAACAUGCAAUACAACGAUUCUGUGAACAGCCAGCUGCAGUAUAUUUACAGCUUCAAUCACACUCUGCUGCGCAACAUUACAGAGGGGGUCCGAGUGUCAGUCAAUAUUUUGUCUGACCAGAAGGGGGAGCCACUGCUGUUUGUGGUCAGACAGAAGGAGGCUGUGGUGUCAUUCCAGGUGCCGCUAGUUCUGAGGGGACUAUACCAGCGUAACUACCUGUACAGAAAUGUGGGCCGCACCUUGUGCCAGCCGCCAGCUCGCACAGCUUCUGAGACUUUCUACGUGGAUGUUUCAACAUUGUCUGAAAAUAAUUCAAGUUACAGUCUGCUGGUCACGCAUGUAGAGAACUUCAUCCUACAGACAGAAAAAACCCUCAGCUUCAACGCAACUCCUGCACAACCACAGUACUUUAAGUAUGAGUUUACAGAGGGUGUGGAUUCUGUAGUGGUGAAGGUGUCCUCUCUGGCUGCAUUUCCCUGCUCUGUCAUCUCCAUUCAGGACCUGCAGUGCCCGGUGUAUGAUCUGGAUAACAAUGUGGCUUUUAUUGGCAUGUACCAAACAAUGACUAAGAAAGGAGCAAUCACUGUGCAGAGGAAGGACUUCUCACGAGGAGGCUUCUAUGUAGUUGUGGUUGUGAAGACAGAGGAUGAAGCCUGUGGGGGAGCUAUUCCUCUGUAUCCCCUUACACCAGAUAUCCCUAUGGAUCACGGCAGUCGUCAAAAGAGCCUUGAGAUUCUUGUCAGUCCAGCAAUUAGCAGAUACACCUACGUAGGAGGAAUAUUGUUUAGCUUUGGUGUUUACUUCUCCUUCUAUCUAAUCGUUCUGCUCAUAUCCUGUUUUGAAAAAUGGAGGAAGAAGAAAUUAGAAUCCGGCCUGUUGAAUUCUGUACGACCUCUGAAUGAAGAAACAGGGAAGUCACCUGAGGCUGAGCGGUACCAGAAGUGCAAUUAUGGAUCUUUAGAGGAGAACAAUUUAGCAGCCAGCCCAGAGGACGGCACAGACAGCCUGGUGUCCUCAGGUGAUGCCACAUACAGUUAUACAGAACAUUCUCUGGAUAACGUUGUGUCUCGGCCUCGGCUAGAUUCGCUUAGCUCAGUUGAAGAAGAUGAUUAUGACACGCUGACUGACAUAGAGUCUGACAAAAAUGUAGUUAGAACUAAGAAGUUUCUUUAUGUUGCGGACCUGGCACGAAAAGACAAACGAGUGAUGAGGAAAAAAUAUCAGAUCUAUUUCUGGAAUAUCUCUACCAUCGCGGUGUUCUACGCGUUACCAGUUAUACAGCUUGUUAUCACCUACCAGACGGUGGUGAAUGUGACUGGGAAUCAGGAUAUCUGUUAUUACAACUUCCUGUGUGCUCACCCUCUGGGGUCCCUUAGUGCCUUUAAUAAUAUCCUGAGUAACCUGGGUUAUGUUCUGCUCGGCCUUCUUUUCCUCAUUAUCGUUCUACAGAGAGAGCUUACUUACAACUGCAACCGCCUGCAUAACAAAAAACUAGAGGAAUGUGGAAUCCCCAAACACUUUGGCCUCUUCUACGCCAUGGGCACUGCCCUGAUGAUGGAAGGCCUGCUGAGCGCCUGCUAUCACGUGUGCCCCAACUACACUAACUUCCAAUUCGACACGUCAUUUAUGUACAUGAUAGCCGGCCUGUGCAUGCUGAAGCUAUAUCAGAAGAGACACUCCGAUAUAAACGCCAGCGCUUACAGUGCCUACGCCUGUCUUGCAAUCGUUAUUUUCUUCUCUGUACUUGGUGUGGUUUUCGGUAAGGGGAACACCACUUUCUGGAUUAUAUUCUCUGUGAUUCAUAUUUUAUUCACUCUGCUGCUGAGCACUCAGCUCUAUUACAUGGGCCGGUGGAGGCUGGAUUCUGGAAUUGUGCGUCGGAUCUUUCUGGUCUUUUACACAGAUUGUGUCAGACAGUGUAGCCCCCCUAUGUAUGUGGACCGCAUGGUGCUGCUUGUAAUGGGGAACAUUGUAAAUUGGUCCUUGGCAGCCUUCGGACUCAUUGUCAGACCCAACGAUUUUGCUUCCUAUCUCCUAGCCAUUGGAAUUUGCAACUUACUGCUGUAUUGUGCCUUCUACAUCACCAUGAAGUUGCGCAGUGGUGAAAGGAUCCGUCCAAUCCCUCUUUUCUGUAUCAUCUGCACCUCUGUGGUAUGGGGAUUUGCUCUGUUCUUCUUCUUCCAAGGACUAAGUACCUGGCAGAAAACUCCGGCUGAAUCUCGUGAACACAACAGAGACUGUAUUCUGUUUGAAUUCUUUGAUGAUCAUGAUAUUUGGCAUUUCCUGUCCUCCAUCGCAAUGUUUGGCUCCUUCUUGGUGUUACUGUUUCUUGAUGAUGACCUUGAUUAUGUAGAAAGAGAUAAGAUCUACGUUUUCUGAACUUCCACCUGACACUAUAUUGUUCUGCUGUCACAUAUGGUCGCAGUGAGAACAGUUGAAAUCUCUGGCUAUGGUAUUUAAUGAAGAUGAAAUAUGGGAACUUUGAAGUCCGUCCAUUUGUCCUGUGACCUGUUACCUUUAAAUAACCUGAGAGGAAAAUGUGUUACAGUCGCCUCAUUUUGCUAAAAUGACACAAACAAAUUGUGUCUGACUUUUUGUCCUGGACACAGGAUGUUUCUGCUGCUCUGUUCAUUGCCAAAAACAGCGUUACUGUGGCCUCACACUUAAUGCCGUUCUGUGUAAGGGUGUGCGUAUUCCAAGUGGCAGAAGGGUAGUAAUGUGCCCUUUCUUUGUGAUUCAAAUGGUUAAUAGGAGUAAACAGUUAACAUAAUUAUCUCUGAUGCAACUUUCGUAUUGUCCUAUAUGAAUCCUAGACAGUCGGAUGUGACAGCACACUGCCUGCUCAGCCAACAUGCCCGUCCUUGUGAUCCUGCUGGGCGUACCCAAAGCCUGUGCGGGGGCAGUGACUAUAAGCACAUGUGCCAUCCACCUGUCAUGGCUUGGCCUGUUUUGUUGACACUGUUAAUUUUAUUGAUUGUUUUAUAUUUCUGAUAAAAAAAAAUCAAGAGACAAA